AUGCGCCUCUUGCUCCUGCUUACCUCGCACAACUCCCUCUCGCAGCGCUUGACUACCCUCCUCGACGAGCUCUCGCCUAACAAGACCAAAGGACCCAGCUAUGACCGCUCCUUCACCAACGGUAUCUCGAACUUGACCUAUACGAUCGAAUACGCCCUGAACGAGGAGCUGAUGCUCCGGGCUGUCGAAAGAGUCAAGCCGGAUGUGAUCAUCGGCGCUUUCUUGACCAAGAAAGUGCCCAGGUCCAUCUGGAGCAAGUAUAUGACGUUGAUUUUGCACCCAGGACCACCCGGCGAUGCAGGUCCAUCCGCCAUCGACUGGGCGCUCAUGGGCGAUUCCGGCGCGUUCGAGGAUGCGUCUCAGGCGCUAGACAAGGAAUGCCUUGAUAGCGACGCCUUUGCUUCUAACGGUUCUAAGAAGCGAACCAAGUGGGGGGUCACUUGUUUGCAAGCCGAGGAAGAGUUUGACCAAGGUCCAAUCUGGGCUUUCGAGACUUUCGACAUCCCCUCAGAAAUCACAAAGUCCACCCUGUACAGAGGACCCGUCACUCAAGCGGCUUGUCUCUGUAUUAUCGCGGCUUUGUCGAGGAUCCAUCAAGCCGCUUUGACGUCCAAAUACGAAGGAGCGACCUACACUCCGGAACUCUUGCCCCCGCAAACCUCCGCUUUGAUCACGGUCACGGGGAAACCCAACGAGAUCGAAAACCCUCGCCACCGCCCCCUCUUGAAGCCUUGCCAAAGAGCGGCCGAUCCGAAGAUACACACCGCUUCCCACCUGGCGGCCAUCAUCCGAGCUGGGGAUUCUCAACCGGGUGUCCAGGUCACUUGGCUGGAUUACGAUAACAACAAGAAGUCGCUCUUCCUAUACGGCGCUUGGGUCGAGAACGGAGAUCUCCCCGCGCAGCAAUCUUGGGACCAGUAUCAGAUCGGCCAGAUAGUUGCGACCAGGGAAGGCGCAAUCCUCAUCAAGACCCGUCUCGACGGGAAUGCCGCGACGGAAAGGGGCGUGUGGAUCACCCACGCGCGAUCUCCGAUGUCAAAGGAGACCAAGGUCUUGCCAGCCAAGCUGCCCGCCGUAGACGCGAUGCUGAGGGCCGGACUAGGCAAGCACCUCGAAGGGGUCUCUGAGUGGCCUUUGAGUACUUGGAACAAGGUAGAUGGAGUGCAAGGUAGAAAGACCUGGCAGCAAGUCUGGGUCGAGAACGUCCCACUCGAUUCACCGGAAGGCGGACGUGUCCUCUACGUCCACUUUGACUUCUACAAUGGCGCCUGUUCCACUCAACAAUGUGAGCUUUUGCUUAAAGUCAUCAUUGACAGCGUCGAGAGUGAUGCCGAAAUCAGGAUCCUGUGCUUGAUGGGAUCCCGCAACUACUUCUCCAACGGUAUCGCGCUCAACGUGAUCGAGGCCAGCGCCGACCCGGCCAAGGAAUCGUGGAAGAACAUCAACGCUAUUGAUGAUGUCGUCGAGUACAUCCUCGGCGACUCGUCACCCCUCGCCCAGACUCGGUCGACCGCCUUCAUGCGGAACCGCAAGACCCUCACCGAUCGUGGGAUCCUCACCAUCUCGGCCAUUCAGUCCAACGCCGCAGCCGGAGGUCUAGCCCUUGCUACCUGUUGUGACAUCGUCCUGUGUUCGGCCAAUGCCGUGCUCAAUCCCCAUUACCGCUCGGUAGGACUCUUUGGGAGCGAGUUUCAUCGGUACCAUUGGGUCCAGAGGGCUGGGUUGGAGGUAGCCGAUGAGAUGAUGAGGAAGAUGCUCCCCAUCGGCCCUGAACAGGCCAAGGACAUGGGUCUCGUCGACAAGGUCAUCGGUACGAGAAUGAGUUCCCCUGAAGAGGUCGAGAUGGGGAUCAAGGCUUAUGUCUCUCAACUCGGUCGAGCUCGAGUCGGUGAACGAUCUUGCUUCAAGACUUUCCCCUGGCGAUCGAACGCUUCGUCCGGCAGCCAAGCGGUCUCCCCGGUCGCGCUCCUCAUCGAACACUUGGUCCAGCUCAAGAAAGCUCAUCAUGCCCAGCUGGAGUUCCCCUUAGUACACUAUAGGAACGAAGAGUUGUCCCAGAUGUUGCUCGAUUUCUACCACCCGACCCGUUCGCCGAGGUAUCACGAUCGUCGACGAGCGUUUGUCGGCAAACAUCUGCCCAAAGCUACUCCUUUGAGGUUCGCCGAACACAACCGAGAGGGCGAGGAGGGUCUUGAUAUCGAGGAGCGAGACGUGUUUGAUGACGCGCCUGGAUGGACGAGGGGCGAGGAAUGGAGGUGGGCCGGAGAGAUGGUCCCAGAGGGUUUCUUGAACGCUCGACCUUUCGACCCUAAGCUACUCGUCAAGCACGACAACGUGCCCCAGGUCGACCUCGGUCAUCUCAUCCAAACCAAAGAGGGACAAGAGAAGAUUCACAAGGUCAAGAUCGCCACUCCCGAUGACUUUGCGGUCCGCGAAUCUCAAUCCCAGUCCAACCCGUCCGAGAGCGACCAUGGGAAAUCGAGCACCGAUUCGUCCAGGUCGCAGUUGCAUGAAAAGACCGUCCACUUGAAUCAGUUGACUCGGCAGACACGAGGACAGGGGGGUAUCCUCAAUGCGCCUCGUACCAUCCCUACAGGUCAAGGAGAGGCGAAACGAAGCUCGGUCGACUUCAAGGCGACUUUCAGAAAGGCGAUCUCGAUGGCCACUCGGACGAAGACGUCGACUGGGCCGGGACAGCUGGAGAAGAAGGCCAUGAUCACCAACCAGGCGGUCAACCAGCCGAGGUUGUCGAUCGGAGGGAACUACAAGGUCUCGGGCAAGGAGAGGGAAGGAGAGGCACCGCCCAUCUUGUUCCCCUGUUAUUAUUCGGUGCCCGAGGAUCAGCAGCAACAACAACGUUGAGAGGUUUUACCGGCGAAGGGUGAUUUAAAUUUGUUAUAUAUAGGAACCGAGGGGGUGUCGGGCGUUUCCUUUGCCGUUGCCCACCGAUGACGUAUAGUUGGGUAGAUAGACAGGUUUGCGCUAGGUGUGUAUCGAGAUGAAACACGAACGAAUAUCGAAUAGACGCGUCCAUGCGUAUUCCAAAAC